AUGCUACACACCCGCCAAGACGACGGCCUCGCAGGCUUCGAAUACUACCACUAUGACCCAUCCAUGGCCGCAGCGAUUAUAUUCGUAAUCGCCUUCAUCUUGACAACGGCCCUCCACUUCUACCAAAUGAUCCGCACAAAGACCUGGUUCAUGACUGCCUUUUGCAUCGGAGGUCUGUUCGAAGUAGUCGGAUACAUUGGCCGCGCAGCAUCUGCAGCCCAGAAAUCUGGAGAAUGGACACUCGGACCUUAUAUCAUCCAAAGCUUGCUUCUCCUCGUGGCUCCAGCUCUCUUCGCCGCUUCGAUUUACAUGGAACUCGGGCGUAUAGUACAUGUGGUCGAAGGCGAUCACGCCCUCUUCGUUCGCCGGAAAUGGCUCACUAAGAUCUUCGUCUGUGGCGACAUCUUCACUUUCAUGAUGCAGGGUGCCGGUGGCGGUCUCCUCUCAACAGGCGGCGAAUCCGUCGAAACAGGCGAGAAACUGAUCCUCGCCGGUCURGCCCUACAAAUCGUCAUCUUCGGACUCUUCGUCAUCACAGGUCUCAUCUUCCACUUCCGUCUCCGCAAGACUCCUACAGACAAGAGCAAGAAAUACCCCUGGGAGAAACACAUGUUGAGUCUCUAUGCUGUCAGCAUUCUGAUCUUCGUGCGAUCGAUCGUGCGUAUGGCAGAAUACGCGCAGGGCUGGCAAGGCCAUAUCCUCUCGACCGAGUGGUAUCUCUUUGUCUUUGACGCGAUACCCAUGUGGACGGCAAUGUUGGUCAUGAACUGGAUCCACCCGAGCGAGAUCGCAGCUUUGGUGCGAGGCCAUGGUCCGGUGGUCUACAAGCUCCUCUUCUUGCGGGAUGUUAGCACUCAACACCAGACCGUGCAGAUGCAGAAUGGACCUUGGGUUUGA